AUGUCGUCUGCUCCAGAAUAUGUCUUUGCUAGAAACUACUUGGACAACAACCGCAUCAAUCUCCAGCAUUAUCUCUGUGUGCAGCUUUUCGGAUACCACAUCCACCCUUCGAUCCCCGUUUCAGAUGUGAACAACCUGCGCAUCGCAGAUGUUGGCACUGGUACUGGAAUCUGGCUCACGGACUUGACGGAUACGUUUCCUUCAACUGUUCAACUGGAUGGACUUGAUGUCUCGUUCGAUGCCACUCCUCCGAAAGAUUGGCUCCCAUCCAACGUGGGCCUCCAUCACUGGGAUAUCAAGGCCGAUGUUCCUGAGCACCUGGUUGGAGUCUACGAUAUUGUCCAUGUUCGCCAUUUUGCGUUUGUUCUCCAACAAGACGACUUGAAAGGCGUUCUUGAGAAUCUCCUCAAACUUCUAAAGCCCGGUGGCUAUCUGCAAUGGGCCGAUCUCGACGUAUCCUCGCUGCGUGUGGAGAAGAUCAAGCCCGAUGUCAAGGUGGACUCACAGGUUAAAUUGAUGAGCCUUUUUCAAUCCAACGACACCCGUCUCCACUCGGGUUGGGUUCCCGGUCUACCUUCGCUUUUCACCGAGCACGGAUUCAUCAAUGUCGAAGCUGAUGUGAAGGAAGCGCCGCCUCAUCUGGGAGUCGCACUGCAUGAGUGUGGAAUGUUGGCCACGGAGGUCUUAGCCCGCAACAAAGCCGGUGGAAAUGAGCAGAUGGUCCAGCAGUUGAGACAGCUUCUCGAGGAGGCCGCGAAGGAGACUCGGGAAGGGUCGGUUCUGGCGUUUACUAGACUCACGGUGAUCGGCCAGAAGCCAAGUCAGUAG